GUGAGCCGGAAGUGGUUUCAGUUGCUAACGCUACUGUUUGUAGCAUCCGUCAAAUGCACAUGUUUUGAACCGGCAUUAGUAAUUUUAUUUCCUGGCCGGGAUUUCACAAACGCGAACGGUGACCGCUAAUUCAAAUAUUAUAACCGUGUUAGUAUCCGCAUAUUUUGCUCUCCUGUGGUUACUGAUGAAUGCUCCCGGAGCGUAACUCGCGUGGGGCUUCCAGCUAACGUGAGCGUCACGCAGCGGUGAUGUAAAGUUUCAUAACGACUCCUGUUGUCUGGAAAGCACCGAGUGACAUGCGGGUAAAUGCGAUUUUUUCUGUGUAGUUGUACUGCCUGUUAGGAUGUCUGUGCUGUAUCGCUACGCUCUGUUCAAAAUAUAUAAUCAGCAUGCAGGUUUGACAACGGUCAGAAGAUUUACCUGCACCCGGUGGAAGCCCUCUGACUCCCUGUCGAGAGGUGGGAACACAGCCAUGCUGAGAGUUAUGGCAAAUAAGAGAGGAAAUUUCAGUUUUUUUUGUUCAAGGCUCCUGUCAAGUUCAGCUGCGGAUGCAAAAGCUCGAGUGAAGAGAGUUUCUAUCGAGGGCAACAUCGCUGUUGGAAAAUCGACCUUUGCGAAGCUCCUGGAGUCAGCUUGUGCAGACUGGGAGGUGGUGGCAGAACCUGUCAGCAAGUGGCAGAACAUUGAGGGUGAGACCUCAAAGGGCAGAGAUGUGCCCCCACAGACGACAGUCAGCAACCUGCUGCACAUGAUGUACCAGGACCCUCAGCGCUGGUCAUACACGUUUCAGACUUAUUCCUGCAUGAGCCGGCUCAGAACACAGCUGCAGCCUCCACCAGCUCGCCUCCUUCAGUCAAAGGGAACGCCUGUCCAGGUGUAUGAGCGUUCAGUCUACAGCGAUAGAUAUAUCUUUGCUCUCAACAUGUUUGAACUGGGUUGUAUCAACACUACAGAAUGGGCAGUCUACCAGGACUGGCAUUCCCUCCUGGUGGAGCAGUUUGGACACCAGGUGGAGCUAGAGGGCAUCAUUUACCUCAGAGCCCCACCAGAGAAAUGUAUGGAGCGCCUGCAGCGUCGGGGAAGAGCAGAAGAGAAAGGAGUGAAGCUGGACUAUCUGGAUAAGUUGCACUCUCAACAUGAGAGGUGGCUGGUUGAGAAAACGACCGAAAUACAUUUUGAGAAGCUGAAACAGAUACCUGUCUUGCAAAUUGAUGCCGGUGUGGAAUUUAAAAGUGACCCAGAGGUGCAGGAACAAUUUGUUACAAAGGUGAAGAACUUUUUUGAUGCUUUAUGAAAGGAUGGUCAGCAGCAAUCACCAGUACAGUGGGAAACAGAUGAAACCAGUCAGAACGCCAUAUAAAGUCUUUAUAUAAACUAAUAUAAACAGACCUCUUUUUGGUGAGCUACAGGACCAUAUGAUGUGAAACCCUCAGAUUCAUUUUGUCUUUUUAUGAAUGUGUUACUUUAAAGCAUCUUUAUAUUUCUUAAUUAGUUUUGAGACACACUUUGUAGUUAUGAAAGUUACCUCUUAAACUGUAAUGUCAAUUCCUGAUUAAAUCUUUAGAGCUUUGAAACUCACACAGUUUUUCUGUCUGUACUAUUUUAUAGAUAUAUUUAUAAUCCUGACAUGUUGGAACAAGCAAAUAAGACUUGCAUUUCUUGCAGCUUAUUGAUAAAUAAAACUGUUUACAUUUCCACGUGA